AUGGAAGGGAAAAAAAGGUUCGAGGCCGCGUCAAGCAGGAACACCAGAGGGUGCGCUGUGGUACUCUAUGACCCCGUUGCUUGGGUUGCUUGGGACAAGUACCCGCUUUUCACACGAGCGCCGCGUCCUCGUCCCAGCAAAGGGUUGGAUGGCAUCUGCACUGGCCGAGCGCCACGCAAACACCAGUCGAAGCCAGCCUGUGAAAAGGUUGAAAUGAUCAGCGGCGGGCGCGAGGUCAUGAAGAUUGACGGAUCUCAACCCUUCGCCAUUACUCAUGCUGUUGCUUCGACAUUCCAUCAGAAGGACAGGAUCGCUUCAACCACCCACGGAUGGCGGAGGUAA